GAGAGAGAGUUGAGAGAAAGAGAGAGGGAGAGUGAUUCUUGUGAGAGCGUGUGUUGGAGGGAAAAGUGUGCGAUCCCGAGAGAGAGAGAGGGGAAAUGCCGAGAGAGAUCAUCACCCUCCAAGUGGGGCAAUGCGGGAACCAAAUAGGCAUGGAGUUCUGGAAGCAGCUCUGCCUCGAGCACGGCAUCAGCAAAGAUGGCAUUCUCGAAGACUUUGCCACACAGGGAGGUGAUAGAAAAGACGUUUUUUUCUAUCAAGCUGAUGACGAACAUUACAUACCUCGAGCACUUUUGAUGGAUUUGGAACCUAGAGUUAUCAAUGGUAUCCAAAACAGCGAAUAUCGGAAUCUCUACAAUCAUGAGAACAUAUAUGUCUCAGACCAUGGAGGAGGUGCUGGAAAUAAUUGGGCAAGUGGGUAUCAUCAGGGAGAGCAAGUUGAGGAAGAUAUAAUGGACAUGGUGGAUAGAGAAGCAGAUGGGAGUGACAGUCUUGAGGGUUUUGUUCUGUGUCAUUCAAUUGCUGGAGGAACUGGCUCAGGGAUGGGUUCUUAUCUCUUGGAGACAUUGAAUGAUCGGUACAGCAAAAAACUUGUGCAGACAUACAGUGUAUUUCCUAACCAAAUGGAAACAAGUGAUGUUGUGGUCCAGCCAUACAACUCCCUUUUGACUCUCAAGAGGCUGACACUGAAUGCUGAUUGUGUUGUUGUUCUUGACAACACCGCAUUGAAUAGGAUUGCAGUGGAACGUCUUCAUCUAUCAAAUCCCACUUUUGCCCAAACAAAUUCCUUGGUUUCCACUGUUAUGUCUGCCAGUACAACCACACUUCGCUAUCCGGGAUAUAUGAAUAACGAUUUGGUUGGCUUACUUGCAUCCUUAAUCCCGACUCCAAGAUGUCAUUUUCUGAUGACAGGCUAUACACCAUUAACAGUGGAGCGUCAGGCUAAUGCGAUCCGCAAAACUACCGUACUGGAUGUAAUGAGAAGACUUCUGCAGACAAAGAACAUCAUGGUUUCCUCAUAUGCUCGAACAAAAGAAGCCAGCCAAGCAAAAUACAUUUCAAUACUGAAUAUCAUUCAAGGGGAAGUAGAUCCCACACAGGUUCACAAAAGCUUACAGAGAAUUCGUGAGAGGAAGCUCGUCAAUUUUAUUGAAUGGGGCCCUGCCAGCAUCCAGGUGGCGUUGUCUAGAAAGUCUCCAUAUGUUCAAACCGCACAUAGAGUGAGUGGUUUGAUGCUCGCAAGCCAUACUAGCAUAAGGCAUCUCUUCGGCAAGUGCCUAAGCCAAUAUGAAAAGCUACGGAAGAAACAGGCCUUCCUUGACAAUUACAGGAAGUUCCCAAUGUUUGCGGACAAUGAUCUCUCUGAAUUUGACGAGUCCCGAGAGAUCAUUGAAAGCUUGGUAGACGAAUACAAGGCUUGUGAAUCACCGGAUUAUAUCAAAUGGGGAAUAGAGGACCCUGACCAAACUUUAACUGGUGAAGGUAACACAUCUGGAGCAACAGAUCCAAAGACAUUAGUUGUAUAAGUAUGAUUAUGACUCCUUGCCCUUCGUUUUCCUCAAUCCUCAACGUUUAGACAUCUUAUCUGCAAAGACUCAAAUACAUAUCUUAGAUUGUGGUGUGUAAAUAUGGAUCUUGUUUGCCUCUGAUGCACAUCGAUUUUGGGUUUGUUCAUUGGUUUUUGUGGAAUAGGUUUGGUAAACAUGUAUCAGUGAUCUGAUCUGCACUAUAAUUUGCAGCAAAUUUGAAUGUAAUAUAGAAAAAACACGAACACACUGAGCAAUACGCCAGAUUUUUUAAUAUUCAAUGGACCAGAAUUUAUUAGAGUAUUUCCUAGUU